UCCAUUUUCUGCCUCGGGUUGCCUGUGCCAUGUUCCCUUGCGGAGUGCCGUCUUGCGUGGGGGCCAGGGAGGUCCCUGGUGGUGGCUGCCCCCCCCCGCCUUUCCUAAUGAAGCCUAUGGUUGCCUUGAGAAGAUGAGGGAGAGAGGUCUUAACAUCCUUCAAGCCCUGGCAAGGGGGCCAUGCAAAGGAGGCCAAGAUCUGCAUCACCCCAGAGCGCAGCAUGUGGACUGAUGGGCUCAGGGCUGCUUCCAGCCCUGCUCCUGGCCCACCUCCAGAUCAUGCCACCCAGGCCGAAGCCCUUCCAGGGCCAGCGGUACCGCCGCCUGAAGCAGAGCUGCCUUCAAGCACAAAGCCUCUUCCAGGACCCGGAGUUUCCGGCCACAAAUGCCUCCCUCGUUCACCACCGAGACCCUCCAGAUGGGGUCUCCUGGAAGCGGCCAGGGGAGCUGUGCUCAGAUCCCCGGCUCUUUGUGGACGGCAUCAGCCCCAGGGACCUGCGCCAGGGCAGCCUCGGGAACUGCUGGUUCGUGGCUGCCGCCUCCUGCCUGGCCACCAAACCUGCACGCAUCUGGAGGAAGGUGAUCCCGCAGCCCGGGAAGCAGGACUGGGACCCGCGCCGGCCCCAGAGAUACUGUGGCAUCUUCCGCUUCCGCUUCUGGCGCUGGGGGUGCUGGACAGAGGUCUGCGUGGACGACCGCCUGCCCUGCCGGCACGGGAGGCUCCUCUUCUGCCACUCGGCAGACCCCCGCGAGUUCUGGAGCGCCCUCCUGGAGAAGGCCUAUGCCAAGCUCAAUGGCUGCUACGAGGCUCUGGAGGGUGGCAACACGGCUGAGGCGCUGGUGGACUUCACGGGCGGCAUCUCGGAGCCGCUGGCCCUGGGCGAGGGGGGCCUCCGUGGGGACGCCGAGAAGCAGAGGCAGCUCUUCCAGCAGCUGAGGGCAGCCCAUUCCCACUCCGCCCUCAUCAGCUGCUCCAUCCAGACGCUGCCGGGCACAGAUCCGGAGGCCCAGCUGCCGUGCGGCCUGGUCCAGGGCCAUGCCUACAGCAUCACGGCGGUGCAGAGCCUCCGCCUCCGCCGGCACCUCUUCGAGCUCUUCCGGACCAAGAGGCUGUGCCUGCUGCGCCUGCGCAACCCCUGGGGCUCGGUGGAGUGGACCGGGGCCUGGAGCGACACGGGAGGGGGGGGGGGGGGGGCAGCCGGGGGGACAGGAUCCAGCCGGGCCCUGAGGCUGGGUAGAGCCAGCAAGGCGGUCUGGGGCCGGAACUGGCCAGAGGACAGGGAGCGCUCAGAAGGUCCCCCCGGGCCAGGGCUCUUGGAGGGCUCCCAGUCCCCAGAAUGGCAGCGGGUGAGCCAGCGGCAGCGACGGCGGAUGGGGGUCACAGUGCAGGAUGACGGGGAAUUCUGGAUGUGCCUGGAGGACUUCUGCACCCAUUUCACAGACAUUGUCAUCUGCUGGCGCAUGAACACGGCACGCCUGAGCUGCCGACGGAGCUGGGUGGAAAGUCUGCAGUUCGGGGAGUGGAGUCCCCAAAAGGGCCACGCGGGCGGCUGCCUGAACCACCGGGACACCUUCCUCAGCAACCCCCAGUUUUUCUUUGAGGUGCCGAAGGCUCCCGACUCCAUUCUGAUCUCGCUGCAACAGAAGGACACGCGGCAGCUGCGGGGGUCCAGCACGGGGGGGCGCAACCUCUUCAUGGGCUUCGAGCUCUUCAGGGUGGAGCAGAACCGCCGCUGGCGCCUGCACUGCAUCCCGGCCCGCGUGGCCGGCGCCACUUACAGCAACUCUCGCAGCGUCCUGCUCCGCGCAGAGGUGCCCGCCGGGCGCUACGCCCUGCUGCCCACCACCUUCGACCCAGGCCAGAGCGGCGCCUUCCUCCUGCGGGUCUACAGCACACGGCCGGCCCGGCUGCGGUGA